AUGAAACACAGUGUAGAUUGCUCAUUUCCUCCUCCUCCUCUUCCUCCUCUUCCUCCUCUUUCUCCUGCUCCUCCUCCACCUCCUCCUCCUCCUCCUCCUCCUCCUCCUACUACUACUACUACUACUACUACUACUACUACUACUUUUUCAGAGUACUUUGCUCAGUUCUUAUUUGUUUGUGUAUAUGUUAAUCUAUGUUGUAUAUGUAGACAUUUAUUUCUUGAUUUUUCACAGUUAUUCUGUGUUAAUAUUUUCAUAAGUAUUUACACACCUGUCAGUAUGGCGUUUACAACAAGUAUGAUUCCAGAACAAGCUCAAGUUAAAGAUCGCGCUGAUGAACUUCUGUCUUUAUGUAAAAAAGCAGUUGCUGACUGCAAUAACGUGAAGCCAACACUUGAUUCACUUGAUAAAUUACGUUGCAAACAACGUGGUUCUAAAGUUGUCAAAAGUCAGUUGAAGUCCUUAUACACACAGGCAAUUAGUGAAGCUGAACAUCAAAAAGCUACUCUUAUGGCUGCUUUAGAAAAAGUAUCGGAAAUUCGUGCUCUAGAAUAUAAGUUGAGAACACAUGUUGGUCCGAAAAGUUUUCGCCGCGGUGUACUAAUGUCAGUUUUGCAAGAAAAUGCCAAAUCGAUACCACUUUGGAUAGGUAAACCCGGUGAGAGUCCCCCUGCUCUGUGUGGUGCAACAGGACCAUCACCAAAUAUUCCUGCUGAUCCUGGCGAUCAUGUUGCCGCCCUUGUUCCAGAACCAGACGUGGCAGCUGCUGCUUGUAAUUUAUCUGAAGGUUGUAUAUUGGCUGAAGUUGUUUCGUAUAAUCCUGAUAAAGAAAUCUAUGAGGUAGAAGAUGUUGAUGCCGAAGAAGGAAAGAUGCCAAAGCGUUACUCUCUAUCCCGUUCUAAAGUUAUACCUUUACCAAAAUGGAAAGCUAAUCCAAUUACAAAUCCUGAGGCAAUAUUCAAUAAAGGUGCUACUGUUUUGGCUCUUUAUCCACAAACAACAUGUUUCUACAAAGCAAUUGUGGAUGAAAUCCCAAUUCAUAUACAUGAUGAGUAUUCCCUUUAUUUUGAAGAUUCAUCCUACCCUGAAGGUUAUGCUCCAGCUAUUAAAAUACCUCAACGAUAUGUUAUUCAAUGUCCUGACAAAGAAGCAAUGACGAGUAAACAUUUAGACAGGUCAAAAAAACGUGGUAAAAAACUAUGA